AUGGAAGUGUUUGAACGAGUGUUUUGGGCCUUCGGUCCUUGUAUUGACGGCUUUAAACAUUGUAUGCCUGUUAUCUGUAUCGAUGGAACGCACUUGUACGGGAAGUAUAAAGGAACACUGUUGGUUGCUACUAGUGUUAAUGCAAGCUUUCAGGUAUUUCCUCUAGCAUUUGCGGUGGUUGAAGGGGAAAACACAUCCAGCUGGUCUUGGUUCCUGGGCUGUAUUCGGGAUCGUGUCACGCAACGGGAUGGCCUUUGUGUUAUAUCUGAUCGACAUCCUGGGAUCAUUGCAGCAAUAAAUGAUCCUAAUGUAGGAUUCACCGAGCCGCGAGCCUAUCACAGGUUUUGUGUCCGCCACAUAGCUUCUAACUUGAACACUCACGUGCGAAGUAACGACAUGAGAGAUAUGUUCAAGGCUGCGGCGUACCAAAGGCAGGAAAGAAAACUUCAAGUUGAUCUGUGUUUCAUUGGUGAGGCAUGUACGAAGGCCAUGGAGUACAUUGCUCAAGUCCUAUUCACUAUGUGGUCUCUCUUUCACGACAACGGUCGCAGAUAUGGGAUAUGUACUACAAACUUCUCUAAAACAUUUAAUAACGUGUUGAAGGGAGCUCGGUUUCUACCGAUCAUGUCCCUUGUCGAGUUAACCUUCCAUAGAGUUAACAAGUAUUUCACUUUGAGAAGAGAGUCUUCCGAGGCUAGGUCUGAUCAGGGACUUCCAUACCCCACAAAGGUCACUGCGAUCCUGGAGAAAAACACCGCAAAAGCCAGAUAUCAUAGAGUGGAUGCGUAUAUCGUCGUUUGCAUAUUUACCAAGUGA